GUACCAGUUGCGUACUGAAGUCGAUCUAAUCGACUGGUCCCCUCCCCAACAUUUCGUGCCUGUGCCUAGAGUAGGAAAAGAAUUAUAAUUUAUUAAGUUUUAGAUUAUAAGGGAAGUUAAAUUACUCAAAACUAGAAGUCGAAACGUGGCUUCGUCGCCCCCUGCCGCCACCUUGCUCAGCUAGAAUUCUUUGUUUAAUGUUACGAAUGUCUUGUAUAGAAAUCUAUUUACCACGCCCUGUAUUUAGACACCCACACAUUUUCCGUUUUAUUUCUAGGAAACCGUUAACUGUUGCAGAUAGUGUUCUAUUUUUAUAUGACAUCAGUGCUAGUUGCUGGCCUCUUAAGACGCCCGACCAGUAUUUUAAAUACACUCAAGCCUGCUUGCUGCUUAGAUAAUUUUAUCGUCAUGCCUUUCUAUGCUGUGAAAAAAGGACGUGUACCCGGGGUAUAUGAGACAUGGACUGAAUGUCAAGAACAGAUAAAUGGUUUCUAUGGCGCCAAGUUUAAGAAGUUCAGUACAGAAGAGGAAGCUCUGGCUUUUGCAGAAAUUCCGGCAUCAGACAAAACUCUCUCCAGUGUAGCAAAAUCUAUUCAACCGAUUGUGAAAAAACUCAUGUCCGGAGUGAAAGAAGUCUCUCCUCUCUGUCAGACACUGGUGUCAAUGCUGGCUGAUUUGGAUGACUCAGAAGAAAGCAAAGAAUUUUCAACAUUAGCAUGUAAUGUUGAAAAUGAUUUGGCUAAGUUGACAAUAAGUAAUAAACCGGCAAUUGAUUCUAAGCUUUUGACAGGAACUACUUCAUCUGAAGACGCAUCAGAAUCUCCUGAAAAGAAAAAGAGUGUUGAAGAAGGAGGUUUUACUGGAAAAAAAUUUGCUGAUGAUGAUGGAGUUGUUGUUUUCACUGAUGGCUGCUGUUUCCACAAUGGUAAACAUGGUGCCUCAGCUGGACUUGGUGUCUACUGGGGAGACGGAGAAAAGAACACAAGUGAAAGACUUGGUGGCCGACAAACAAACAAUCGCGCUGAAAUAUAUGCUGCCAUUAGAGCUGUUGAACAAGCAAAGGCCAAAAAGAUUUCAAACCUUAUUAUCAAAACUGAUAGUCAGUUCCUAAUAAACUGUAUAACUAAAUGGUUGGAGGGUUGGAAAAAGAAGAACUGGAUGAAAUCAAGUGGAGAAGAAGUGACAAACAAAGAAGAACUGCAGGAAUUGGAUAAGAAAUUGGAGGGAAUCAAUGUUAAAUGGGUCCAUGUGGAUAAAUGUUGUGCUGGAAUCGAAGCUGCUGAACAAUUGGCCAAAAAGGAGGAGAACUUCCUCUACCUGAGUAGAUUUUCCUGCAUGUUGUUAAUUGGAAUGUCAACAAAUAAAUCAUAAAGUCACACACACACAAACACAGUCUCUCUCUCUUGCACAGAUAUAGUGAUAAGCAUAAUCUUACAAUAAUACUUUCCAAACAUCCUCUCACAAAGAUAUAUAGUAGUAUUUCUACAAUAAAAGAUAUAUGCAUUCAUAA